UUCAGUACUUUUGAACUGUCGCCGUGGACGUUUCGCACCGAGUGUAUGUGUUCAUACCCGUGUCCGAAGUAAAAUAAAAGUUUGAUCAGUGUCUCCGUAACAUUAUAGCCAUUCGAUUUCUCAAGUUUGUUUCAUGUUCGGUCGUUUGCAAAGAUGUGAAAAUUACGAAAUACCUAUGCAGAAAGAAGUAAAUGAAUGAACUACGCGUCAGAACAUUUAUUUUGAAACUACAUUUUGACAACAUUAAAAACUAAACGUCCUACAAAAAACACUGUGACCGCGGCUAGUAAAAUGACAAUUUUUCUUUUGAUGAACAAAACAAUAAAAUCGAAUUAAAAUUCCAAUGGUUUAGUUACAAAAAAAUAAACAUUUUUAUUUAUUUAUGAAUGUGAAUCAAUGUUGUGUUCAUCGUCAUUCAUGAGAUGCAACCGCCUACAUAUUAAGUGAAUUGAUUGUGUGAGUGUUAAAGCAUUGAAAUGUCAUUUGUGGAUUUGUCAGCGUUUGCAAAUCGAACUUCGCAACAAGUGAGUAGAGGAUUGCGACGGGCUGGAACAUGGGCACGGACGAAAGCUAUGCAAAUCAGAAGGACACCGAAAACAGAGGAAAAUACAGGAAAACAUGAUGAUGAAGCUACAACAUCAGGAGCGACAUUGGAUGAUAUCGACAAACGAAUCAUAUUCCUCAACAAACCACAGCCACAAAAAUUUUGUAGUAAUCACAUAUCAACUGCAAAAUAUAGUUUUAUGAGUUUUUUACCAUCAUUUCUGUUCGAACAAUUCCGACGUUAUUCGAAUUGUUUCUUCUUGUUCAUCGCAUUACUUCAACAAAUAAAAGACGUUUCCCCGACAGGACGUUACACCACAUUAGUUCCGUUAAUAUUUAUAUUAUCUGUAAGUGCGAUCAAGGAGAUCGUUGAGGAUGUUAAACGACAUCGAGCCGAUGACGAUGUUAAUCAUCGCCAAGUGGAUGUUAUCAAAGGUGGCCAAUGGCAAGCAGUCAAGUGGCAGGAUCUGACUGUCGGUGACAUUGUCAAAAUCGUAAACAACACAUUCUUUCCAGCUGAUAUGAUUCUGCUGUCCUCCAGCGAGCCACAAUCGAUGUCGUUCAUUGAAACAUCGAAUCUAGACGGCGAAACAAAUUUGAAAAUUCGUCAGGGUGUACCUGCAACCGCAAAAUUCCUAGAAACAAAAGAUUUAGUCAAUUUCAAUGGAACGCUUGAAUGCGAACCGCCAAAUAGGCAUUUGUAUGAGUUUAACGGUGUUUUGAAGGAGCAUGGCAAAACAUCGGUGGCGUUAGGUCCAGAUCAAGUUUUGCUGAGGGGUGCAACAUUGCGAAACACAUCGUGGGCAUUUGGUGUUGUGAUUUACACCGGACACGACACUAAACUUAUGAGAAAUUCUACCUCAGCGCCACUUAAGCGCUCCACUGUUGACAGACUGACAAACACACAGGUUUUGAUGUUAUUUUUAAUGCUUAUCGUUUUAUGUCUUGUAAGUGCCAUAUUUAAUGAGUUUUGGACGAGGGAACAUUACUUAAUCGAUUGGUAUUUAGGUAUACCGAAUUUGCUGAGCAAAAACUUUGGAUACAAUCUGCUGACUUUUAUAAUUCUUUACAACAACCUCAUACCGAUAUCCCUCCAGGUGACUCUUGAGUUGGUGCGGUUCUUGCAGGCAAUCUUCAUCAAUUUCGAUGUGGAAAUGUAUCACGCCGAAUCCGAUACGCCGGCCAUGGCAAGGACCAGCAAUCUCAAUGAGGAACUGGGCAUGGUGAAAUACAUUUUUUCCGACAAAACUGGCACAUUAACACGAAAUGUCAUGGAAUUCAAACGGUGUUCGAUAGCCCGGCACAUAUAUGCCGUUGAAGAUACGCCCGAACAGUCGUCACUGGUGCAGAAUCUUCAAGGCAAACAUCAAACCGCUCCGAUCAUCGAUGAAUUUCUAACAUUAUUGGCUGUUUGUCACACUGUCAUACCUGAAAAAGCGGAAGAUGGUACGAUUACGUACCAUGCGGCUAGUCCCGAUGAACGAGCACUGGUUGCUGGCGCGAUGCGAUUCGGCUAUAUUUUCACAACGCGAACGCCACACAAUGUUGAAAUCAAUGCCCUGGGCACCGUACUACAAUAUGAAAUUUUGAAUGUGCUGGAAUUUACGUCGACGCGGAAGCGAAUGUCGGUGAUAGUUAGGACGCCUACGGGUGAAAUAAAAUUGUAUUGUAAGGGUGCCGAUACCGUUAUUUUCGAAAGACUCUCACCGAAUGGCCAAACAUUUCGAGACAUUACGCUUAGGCAUUUGGAGGACUUUGCUACGGAAGGUUUGCGAACACUUUGCUGUGCGGUGUCUGUCAUUCCGGAGGAUGUAUACAACGAAUGGAAAGACACAUACCAUAAAGCUAGUACAGCAAUGCAGUUUCGUGAAAGAAAGGUCGAAGAUGCUGCCAAUUUAAUCGAAAACAAUUUGAUGUUACUGGGAGCCACGGCUAUCGAAGAUAAAUUACAAGAAGGUGUACCUGAAACGAUUGCUGCUUUAAUCAAAGCCGACAUUUAUGUGUGGGUGCUGACUGGUGAUAAGCAGGAAACGGCCAUCAAUAUCGGCUAUUCGUGCAAGUUGAUAUCACACGGAAUGGAUUUGAUUAUAUUGAACGAGGAUAGUCUCGAUAACACUCGAGAGUGCAUUGGUCGUCACAGCGCCGACUUUGGUGAGCACUUGCGUAAACAGAACAAUGUCGCCUUAAUAGUUGAUGGAACCACUUUGAAAUACGCUUUGAGCUGCGAUCUGCGCAGAGAAUUUCUGGAUCUGUGUAUAUCGUGCAGAGUAGUCAUCUGUUGUCGCGUGUCGCCAAUGCAGAAAGCAGAAGUUGUUGACUUGGUCACUGUGUACACAAAAUGCGUCACACUGGCAAUCGGAGACGGAGCUAACGAUGUGGCAAUGAUUCAGAAGGCAAAUGUUGGUGUUGGUAUAUCGGGUGCCGAAGGUCUACAAGCUGCCUGCGCAUCCGAUUAUUCAAUAGCACAAUUCCGAUUUUUGUUGCGACUACUGUUGGUUCAUGGUGCAUGGAACUACAGCCGCAUGUGUAAAUUGAUUCUGUACAGUUUUUAUAAAAAUGUUUGUUUGUACGUGAUUGAACUGUGGUUCGCCAUUUAUUCCGGAUGGUCCGGUCAAAUUCUGUUCGAACGAUGGACAAUCGGUUUGUACAAUGUAUUCUUUACCGCUCUGCCGCCGUUCGCUAUGGGAUUAUUUGACAAAAUAUGUUCGGCGGAAACGAUGCUAAAGUAUCCGGCUCUGUACAAACCAUCACAAAAUGCACAAUUAUUUAACGUUAAAGUGUUCUGGAUCUGGAUUGUGAACGCUUUGAUUCACUCGGUGAUGCUGUUUUGGUUGCCAAUGUUUGCGUACGAAUACGACAUCAUAUGGAUUAAUGGAAAGAACGGAGGCUACUUGGAACUGGGGAACAUUGUGUACACCUACGUUGUUGUAACUGUGUGUAUAAAAGCUGGACUUGUCACCAAUUCGUGGACGUGGUUGACACACUGUUCCAUAUGGGGUUCGAUUAUGUUGUGGUUUAUGUUUAUAAUGCUGUACAGCAACAUAUGGCCAACGAUACCCGUUGCGUCGGUAUUUUGUGGAAUGGAUCAACUUUUGUUCUCGUCGCCGGUAUUUUGGUUGGGUUUGUUCCUGAUACCUGUCGCUACCAUUCUAAUGGACGUGAUUGUAAAAGUCAUUCACAACACAGUCUUCAAAACGUUGACGGAUGCGGUACGUGAAUCCGAAAUCAAUCGACAUGAUCCGAGCAUAGUACUGAAAGAGUCCCGAUCCUCAUUAACUGAGACCGCGCGUCUCCUAAGGAACGUUCGAAAUGUAUUUAGCAGACGAUCGAACACAAGAGUUAAUAUGGAACUUGAAUUGUCGCAUGGCUACGCAUUUUCGCAGGAAGAAGGUGGCAGCGUUUCACAGACCGACGUUAUUCGAGCAUACGACACAAAUCUACCAAAACCCGAUGGAAAAUGAGGCUGCCCAUCGCGAGUAUACGAAAAUUUUACAGUGGUUUGUUGAAACCGAUCACAACAUCGAUUCGGUGACACGAAAUGGGAAAAAGGAAAAGUUUUUUCUUUUUUCCCGCGUCGCAUUUUCUUUCCUUUUUUGAUCGGUGUGUGUGUUUUUAGGAAAAAUGUUAAAAAAAAAAGAAUUUUCUCUAAUUUUUCUCAAACAAAAUGUUAAUUAUUGACUGUCAUCAUCGUCUAUUUUGUAUAAACUAUUAUAUGCCUUUCAUACAUUUAAAUGUUUCGUGAUGUUUUUUGAAAAAAAAAAAACUUAAAAGCGAGAUGCAAAGGAAGUGAAAAGAAAAAUUUUUGAAGAGAGAAAAAAAAUCAAGAAAAUUUGAUUGAUGAUAAAAAAUGAGAAACAAAACAACAAAAAAAGGAAAAUCGUUAAUUGAUUGUGAUAAAAAAUUUACAGAAUAUUUUAAACUAUUUGAACUCUAGGAUGACCAAAAAGAAAUGUGUGUUUUUCGUGAUUUUAUCUUACUUUCUCUAAAAAAGUUAAAUUUUGUUUUCAAAUUUAAAUUAUAAAAAAUUAUCGAGACGCUUCAUUGUUGAAUUUAUUAAUUCAUUAUAUCAAAAAACGUAGUUGUUGUGAAGCACCAAUAGUUGCGCGAACCCCCCCAUAUUCAACUUCUCUACAAUUCUAGUUUUGUACCUAUCAAACGUUAACUUAUUAAUUGAAGUGGCCGCUUUAAGGUGUGUAAAAUGCAGUGAAGUUAUUGAUUUAUGAUACAAAUCUGAUAAAUU